CCGUGACGCGGCCCCGGCUCCGCCUCCCCCGCUCCGCCGGCACUGGGAGCUCCCUUCGCCUGUUUGCCCUUAUUUAAUUUCGAGUGUGAUUUUGCUAUUUUUAGCGGCUGGAUCCCCUCCAAUCCGCAGUCGCCGCGGGCGGGAGGUUCCUUCGCUCCGCGACACAGACCCGCCGGGAAAAGCAAAACCGCCAAACCGCCCCCAAAACCCACCCCGAGCACCCUGCUCCGGGAUCAAGCUGACUACAAUGAGCGAAUCCAGCGCCAAAUCCAGCCAGCCCCUGGCCUCCAAGGGGGAAAAGGACGUGUCGGAGAAGAGGGGCCGAGGGCGGCCCAGGAAGAAGCCACAGCAGGAGCCCAGCGAUGCCUCGACCCCCAAGAGACCCCGUGGACGGCCAAAGGGCAGUAAAAACAAGGCCACCCCAAAGGGCAGGAAAACUGCAGUCACACCAGGGAGGAAACCUCGAGGGCGACCCAAAAAAACGCAGCAGGUCCAGGAGGAGGUGAACAUUUCCCAGGAGUCAUCCGAGGAGGAGCAGUGACACCUCCUGAGCCGGCGCUACCUCAUCGCCCGACGGCCCCGCGGCGGCCGGGUGAGAGGGACCGGGAGAGACCCACUGCACCGCCCUGGCUUCCUCCUCCUCCGCUCCCUCCUCACCCUCAGACAACGGCAGCACUGGAAAAUGGCCCAACCCGGGCGGCCCCUGCAGCCCCCGCCCGGGGGGGCACCUGCCCCGGCUCCCCCUCCCCAGCACCGGGGUUUGGGGCAGCCCCACUGGUAAGGGGGGCCCUGGCAGAGAGCCGGGGCUGGGACCCCCCACCUUCGCUGCCCCCACGCAGUGAUCUCACCCAGCCGAAGUGGAUGCUGGUUGCCCCCUCCUCCCCCCCCCAGCAUCAGGCUUUGCCCUGGGGCCUCUGCAGAAAAGAGAGUGGGGGCAGCAAAGGUGAGACCCCCAAAUGCAUUAGACCUUUGCUCUGGCCUAUGGCUACCCUGGGCACCCCCUGCACCCUCCCAGUCCCGGGUGACUGCACUGGGUGUGGGAGCAGCUCCCCUGGCGCUGCCGAGGCCCGGAGCCCGUCCUGGGGGGACCCGUGCAGGGCCAGCUUGGGGCAGCCCUUUCCUCAUAGGUUCUGGUAUAGAUAUAUAUUUUUUUUUAGUACUUUUUUUCCUUUCAUUCACAACUACCUCUGGAUAUUUAAGUUCCACUCUCUGAACUCACAGACGUGCUACUGCGCUGCUGGGGCACCGUGGGCUUGGUGGUUCCUGUUUCGGGGUGUUGCUGGGGGCCGUGGGGCAUUUUUUUUUUUUUUUCCCUCCCCUUUUUUUUGGGCUUUGUUUUUCUUUUUUAAAGUUGUUGUUUUGAGGUCUAUGUUUGCUCUAUUGCUCCAGGGGAUCGAGGCUGGCAGGGCAGUGGGGUGGGGGGACCGUGGGGUGCUCCCCCCCCCACGCUGCCCAGGCAUGACGGCUGCAGCGGGACCGGAGGUCGGUGCCGGGCGGCCCCGGCGGGAGAGAAUCGGGGUUUGGUUUGGGUUUUUUUUGGUUCACUGUUAAUGACCUUUUGGGUUCCUAUUUGCAGUUACUUGAAUAAAACAUUUUAUGGACGUUG